UGGAAUCCCUGAGUAAAGAUAAUGAGCCAGUGGAAGCUUUGAGUAAAGAUGAUGAGUCAGUGGAAGCUUUGAGUAAAGAUGAUGAGCCAGUUGAAUCUGUGAGUAAAGCUGAUGACCUAGUGGAAGAUGUGGGUAAAGAUGAUGAGCCAGAGGAAGCCUUGAGUAAAGAUGAUGAGCCAGUUGAAGCUGUGAGUAAAGGUGGUGACCUUGUCGAAGCUGUCAGUAAAGAUGACAAACCAAGAGGGGCUGUGAGUAAAGAUGAACCAAUGGAAGCUGGGACUAAACAUGAUAAACCAGUGGAAGCUGUAAGUAAAGAUAACGAACCAGUGGAAGCUUUGAGUAAAGAAGAUGAACCAUUGGAAGUUGUGAGUAAAGAUGAUGAAUAUGUCAAUGCUGUGAAUAAAGAUUAUGAAUAUGUGAAUGCUGUGAAUAAAAAUGAUGAACCAAUACAAUCUGUGAGUAAAGAUGAUGAACUAGUGGAAGAUGUGAGUAAAGAUGAUAAACCAGUGGAAGCCUUUAGUAAAGAUGAUGAACCAGUGGAAGCUGUGAAUAAAGAUUAUGAACAUAUGGAUGCUGUCAAUAAAGAUGAUGAAUCAAUACAGCCUGUGAGUAAAGAUGAUGAACCAGUGGAGGCCUUGAGUAAAGAUAAUGAACCGACUGUGAGUAAAGAUGAUAAACCAGUAGAACCCUCGAGUAAAGACAUUGAACCAGUUGAAGUUGUGAGCAAAGAUGAUGAGCCGAUGGAAGUCUUGAGUAACGAUGAUGAACCAUUGAAAGACGUGACUAAAGAUUAUGAACAUGUGGAUGCUCUCAAUAAAGAUGAUGAAUCAGUCGGAGCUGUGACUAAAGAUUAUGAACAAGUGCAAUCUGUGAAUAAAGAUGAUGAACCAGUUGGAGCUAUGUGUAAAUUUGAUGAGCUAGUGGAAGCUGUGACUAAAGCUUAUGAUCAUGUGGAUGCUGUGAAUAAUGAUGGUAAACCAGCCCAAGCUGUGAGUAAAGAUGAUCAACCAGUUGAAGCUGUGAAUAAAGUUGAUGAGCCAAUAGAAAUUGUGAGUAAAGAUAAUGAACCAGUGGAAGCCAUGUGUAAAUUUGUUAAACCACUUGUCAUAUCAAAGUACAUUGAUCUGGUAAAUGAAAAGAAAGAAAUGAACACAGGUUCAAAAGGUGUUAAAGAGACUGGUAGCCUCACUCAAAGAAGCCCAAAAGACCAAGAAACACUUUCCAUCACAAUAUUAGAAGAACCUGUCCCAGAUGAUUUGAGUUCCACUAAUGUAAGCAAGGUCAUACCAAAUAUAGGACUGAUGUGCAUAAAGGAAGAGCCACAAUUUUGGUAUUCUGAAUAUCAGACCUCUGAAGAACAUAAACCAGCAGAAACACAUGAAACAUUCCAACAACAAGAUUUUGUUGAUAAAGCUUUCACUACUCAAUUCAGAUCUAGAAAGACUGAUAGCACACUGCCCAUUUCUGAAAAUCGUGAAACUUCAAAGACCAAAAAACCAAGGUUAAAAUCUUUUCAACAUAAAUAUUCUUCAUUGAACAAAAUAAGGGAAUGUCUUGCACCAAUUGCAAAGCAGCACAAGAGGAAGUUGUCACAAGAUUCAUCUGCAGAGAGUUCCUGUGAUUCCUCAUCAGAAAAUAGUAGUGUUGCAAAUGAUUCACCAAAAAAGCAUAGAACUCUCUAUGAAGCAUAUACUGAGGAAAGAGAGAAUAAAAGUAAGCAACAUAUUGAUCUACCUGAUGUGCAUUUUAUUGGGAAGAAACAGACAGAAACAUUAAAGAAUCCUCUUUCAGUUAGAAAUCAAAUUCCCAAUGUGAAUAUUUUUGAUCCAACUUCUCCUCUUGUUAGUCCAAGAAAUGUAUCAACUGAAGAAAUUGAUCACACAUAUUCAAUAUUGCCCAUGGAGAAACAAAUAUGUUCAACCCAUGGAAUACCUAAUGUGUCUAAUUUCAAACAGAAUGAAGGUGAAAAGCAAAUGGAUUUCAAUCAAUCUAAUGAUUCCAAGGAUACAAUAAGCUCACGAGACAUUCAGGCACUAAAGGAUAGUAAUGUUUCACCAGAGUCAUCGAAGAAGAAAGUUGGAAAAGUGAGGACAGCACUCUUAAACCUAAAUGAUAACUUUAGGAAUUGUGAUGGAGAUGACGCCAUAAAUGACAUGAUUGUAUCAGAUGAUGUGCUGCAAGUAAAGGACAUUGGAGAAACGCGUAUCGUUAACCAGCCUAAACCUUAUGAAAUACAACCCAAUAAAAGGAAAAUAGAGGAAGGUUUAUUGGCGAUUAAAAAAGCAA